UGGACACAAACUGGAUAUGGGUUUGCUAACUUCGGUAAUUGGUUUUGCGUUCUGGCUGACGGUGAUUAAAGGAGAAGUUACGACGGAUGUUCGUUUAUUCGGCGGACUGACACCUUAUUCUGGUCGCCUAGAGGUCAAAUACAAUGACCAGUGGGGAACGGUCUGUGAUGAUGGAUUUAACGACGCAAGCGCAAAGGUCGUCUGCAGAAUGAUGGGGUUUUCUGACGCCAGACAUGCGAGGUUUAUUCCACCAUCGGAGUACGGCCCUGGGACAGGAACGAUAUGGCUUGAUGACAUCAAGUGCUUUGGAAACGAAACCGACAUUGCCGACUGCCAAACUGCCGAAUGGGGAAUAAGUAACUGCAACCAUGACGAGGACAUAGCAGUUGAUUGCCAAACACCCACUCGCCUGUUUGGUGGAAAUGCACACAAAGGUCGAGUAGAAGUCCAAAUAGACGGAGAAUGGAACUCACUUUGUAAAGACACCUUCAGAACGGCUGAGGCUGAGGUGGUCUGCUCAAUGCUUGGCUUCAGUGCCAGUGGUGCAGAAUUAUUUUCUUCGAGUUCCUCACAGUCCAUCGUUUCUACAACAUCGUACGUGUGCAAAGGCGAGGAACAAGACUUGAGCAUGUGUAAAAUGGUCGAAACUAACUGUUCAUCAAGCAUCUCUGCUGGCAUCAAUUGCAAAACGCCUAUUCGCCUUGUCAAUGGCACUGGUCCGCAGUCUGGCAGAGUAGAACUUAAAUACAGAGGGCAAUGGGGAACGAUAUGUGACGACAAUUUUGACGACAUGGAGGCCAAAGUGAUAUGCAACAUGCUUGGAUUUAGCGGGAAAAAAGCCAAAGCGCACUUUGGUGCCUAUUACGGCGAAGGUCAAGGUGAUAUCGUCGUUGACGAGCUGCGUUGCAGUGGAAUCGAAGAAGAUAUUUCUGAAUGCAAAUCAAAGGAUUGGUUGUCACAAACGAACUGCAAUCACAACGAGGAUGCUGCCGUUGAAUGUUUCUCAGAACUACGUCUUCAGGAUGGUCCUGCCGACUUUGUUGGUCGCCUUGAAAUUCUAAAUGGGACUAAUUGGGAAACGGUGUGCUCUGACGGUGUCGAUAAUCAUACAGCUUUAGUGGUUUGCAACACUCUUGGAUUUCAAAGAGGAAAUAUCUCAGUUUACACCGACGGCCGAUAUGGGAAUGGAACACGAAAACAAAAUGGUUAUCAGUGCGUAGGAAAUGAAACGGACAUCGCAAACUGCAAAUAUAGCGAUAUUGCCGAUCCCUGCAAAUCUGACAUUGGAAUAAAUUGCUUUUCAAGAUCUCCAGUUCGUAUAAAAGGAGGUCAAACUUUCAUGUCUGGCUAUGUUGAAGUAUACUUAAAUGGCCAGUGGCAUGGGAGGAAUACAAUGUAUCACUUGACCGAUGGCAAUUCUAUCAAGUCUGGUCGAGUCGAGGCUCUGUACAAUGGCACAUGGCUUGGAAUAUGCACGAAUAGCUAUUUUACAACGUUUGAAGCAAACAUGAUAUGCAACCAAAUCGGUUUUACUCAAAGUGGAUACGUUUUGCCACCGAUCUACACGAGGAAAAGGCCAUCGAUAAAUGGCCUUAUAUGUGAUGGAAAUGAAAAGGACCUCUCCGACUGCAAUUCCAAUACUUGGGGACAAGAGAUGUCUUGCGAAAAUGUUCAAAUCACCUGCAACAGUACUGUUCGUUUGGUGAACGGGACAAGUGAACGUUCCGGACGAGUUGAAGUCCGUCACCAGGGGCAAUGGGGAACUAUUUGUGCGGAUGAUUUUUACCAUGAUGAUGCCGAAGUUGUAUGCAGGAAAGCCGGAAUACGUUUAUGGAACGCAUCUGUUUUAACUGGUUCGACGUUUGGAAGAGGAAACCUAUCGAACAUUAUUAACAGCACUUAUUGCACCGGACAGGAGUGGGACUUGUCAGCUUGUAAAUCAACACCUUGGCAAGAAUCUUCAUGCAACGGCACUGAUGUAGCAACUGUUAACUGCAAGGUUUUAAAUUCUGAAAUUCGUCUCGUUGGAGGAAAAACUAAUUUUGAUGGCGAGGUUGAAAUAAAAUAUAAAAAUAUCUGGAGAAAAAUUCAAUCAUUCUCCGGCAAGAAAACUGUUGAUUGGAUAUGUUCAUUCCUUGGAUUCAACUUCUCAAGUGAUGCAGCGUCUACAAGCACACGACAAAAAGACUUCUCAUACCUUUUCCAAAGUCUUCAAUGCCGAGACGAUGAAUCUGAUAUAUCCCUCUGUCGAUCUUCUGAUUGGGGAAACAACUAUGUCAGUGGAUACUCGUACUCUGCUGGCGUCAACUGCUUGUCUCCUAUUCAGCUCGACGGUGGAUUGACGAAGUAUAUGGGAUAUGUCAAACUAACAAAAGAUGGGCGUUCUAGUUAUCUUUGUGCUGAAGAUCUUACAGCUGAAAACGAAGUUGUCAUGUGUAACAUGCUAGGCUACUCAUUUGCGACGCAACACGUGAUCUCUAGUAUAGACGUUUCCAAACCGUCGUUUUCAACGCCUGUUUAUGUACAAAACAUCACGUGCGCUGGAAAUGAACGCGAUUACCAAAUGUGUCAAUUAGCGGAUUUUCAGUCAUCAAAACUUUCCUGUGCUAGUGGAAAACAUGCUUUUGUCAGAUGCAAUACGCCUGUUAGACUAGCCGAGCUGACAGAUAAAGUCACUGGUAUUCCCGAGGUUUACCAAAACGGCACGUGGAACCGGAUGUGUUACAGUGAUAGAAAAAUCACAAAUAUAAACAAUGCUCAAGUACUCUGUUUCAUGAUGGGGUUUAGUAGCAGAUCUGUGCGUACAUGGUUUGCACCAGACAGCGAUAACAUAGAAAAGAUGUCCGUGACAUGUAGAAGUGGAUUGGAAGAUGACAUUUCCACUUGCUCAACGGAUAACUUGACCUGUGCUGAAGUAUUAUCAGUCUCUUGUCAUUCUGAAAUUCGUCUCGUUGGAGGAAAAACUAACUUUGAUGGCGAGAUUGAAAUAGAAUAUAAGAAUAUCUGGAGAAAAAUUCAAUCAUUCUCCGGCAAGAAAACUGUUGAUUGGAUAUGUUCAUUCCUUGGCUUCAACUUCUCAAGUGAUGCAGCGUCUACAAGCACAAGACAAUAUGGCUUCUCAUACCUUUUCCAAAGUCUUCAAUGCCGAGGCGAUGAAUCUGAUAUAUCCCUCUGUCGUUCUUCGGAUUGGGGACACAAUUAUGUCAGUAGAUACUCGUACUCUGCUGGCGUGAACUGCUUGUCUCCUAUUCAGCUCGACGGUGGAUUGACGAAGUAUAUGGGAUAUGUCAAACUAACAAAAGAUGGGCGUUCUAGUUAUCUUUGUGCUGAAGAUCUUACAGCUGAAAACGAAGUUGUCAUGUGUAACAUGCUAGGCUACUCAUUUGCGACGCAACACGUGAUCUCUAGUAUAGACGUUUUGAAACCGUCGUUUUCAACGCCUGUUUAUAUACAAAACAUCACGUGCGCUGGAGAUGAACGCGAUUACCAAAUGUGUCAAUUAGCGGAGUUUCAGUCCUCCGAACUUUCCUGUGCUAGUGGAAAAAAUGCUUUUGUCCGAUGCAAUACGCCUGUAAGACUAGCCGAGAUGACAGAUAAAGUCACUGGUAUUCCCGAGGUUUACCAAAACGGCACGUGGAACCGGAUAUGUUACAUUGAUAGCAAACUCACAAAUAUAAACAAUGCUCAAGUACUCUGUUUCAUGAUGGGGUUUAGUAGCAGUUCUGUGAGUACAUGGAAUGCAACAGGAAGCGAUAACAUAGAAAAGAUGUCCGUGACAUGUAGAAGUGGAUUGGAAGAUGACAUUUCCACUUGCUCAACGGAUAACUUGACCUGUGCUGAAGUACUAUCAAUCUCUUGCCAAACUCCAAUUCGAUUUUACAAUGGCCAAAAACAUAUACACGGAGUACUGCAGACGAGAAUCAAUAGUACCUGGUAUCCAGUAUGCUCCGACGGAUUCGACAAAAAUGCUGCAUUUGUUAUAUGCCGCAUGGCUGGUCAUUAUCACACAAGGAACGCUACGUAUUCUUAUAAAGAAAGCAAUGAUUCGUCUGUGAUGGGAAAAUGGCAAUGUACUGGAGACGAGGUCGAUAUAUCGCGAUGCGUUUCGUACAACGAAUCUGUUGGCUCAUGUACCUCACGGAAGAUAAUACAAGUUGAUUGCAGGGCAUUAGUGCGUAUUAUUGACGGACCUUCUCCAACUAAAGGACGUGUAGAGGUGUUUUACGGUGGUAAUUGGGGACCAGUAUGUAGAGGAAGUGUGUCAUCCAAUGAGGUUAACGUCAUAUGUAGUUCUGCGGGCUAUAGAUACACAUUUGGAACCAUAAAGAGUGUUAACACAUACACCAAUAAAACAUUCAACAACUAUACCGUAUCUAAUCUUAUGUGCACGGGUUAUGAAGAUGAAAUUACAGAAUGUAAGUCAGACGAAUGGACAGUUGGAUCGUGUGGAUAUAACUAUCCCCUAGAAGUUGAAUGCAAGACUGACGUUCAAUUAGUUUCCGGCGUGAAUAAAUUUUUUGGACGUAUCAAGCUAACCUUUCGGGAUAUUUACGGCGAUAAGUAUGGCAGCGUAUGUGCCGAACAUUUUGAUUCUAACGAUGCGGAUACUAUAUGCGGCUUGGUUGGAGCACCGACUAAUGGGAGCGCUCUCAUUUUCGCCAAUAACAAGUAUGGCACUGAUGGAGGCUAUGCUAUAGAAAACUUAGACUGCAUCGGUAACGAAGAAGAUAUCCAGGAAUGCAAGUCGUUACCAUGGUUCUCGGAAAAUAAGACAUGCCACUUUUCAAAUACAUCUGUUUCAAUAAAUUGUAGACCGUACACACCUAUCCGUUUGACCGGUGGUACUAAUUCGUCGGGUGUGGUAGAAGCAUGGUUUGAUGGAAGAUGGAUUGGAAUUUGCAGUAGUUAUUUUAGUUACAGUGAGGCAGCUGUCAUUUGCAGGCGCUUAAACUACAAAGUUGGUGAGCCAGGCGGCGAUUCCUAUAGACCCGGCUACAUUUAUGGUUUACAAUGCAAGGGAACAGAGAUAGAUAUUUCACAAUGUACUAGUUUACGACAAUGGGGGAACUAUUCAUGCUAUAACUCAGCCAACGUACAGUGCAGCAACAACCGCGUACGACUUCGAGACGGCAUUAACAAAUAUCAGGGACGAGUUGAAUUUCAGUAUAACGGAGUCUGGGGAACAGUCUGCAGCAAAUAUUUCGACAAAUAUGACGCACAAGUUAUAUGCCGAUUGGCGUAUGUUCCUGAAAAUCAAACUGCAACAAUACAUGACCGCUCUAAAUAUGGCUAUGGCUCCGGAUCGUUGGUCGUCGAAGAUUUGAAUUGUACCGGGACUGAAGAUAACUUGGACGAAUGCGGGUCAUAUCCUUGGUCAGAAGGCUCUGCCUCACCGUCAUGCAAUUCACAUUAUUAUGACGUUGGCGUCAACUGCCGCCCGAACACACCAAUUCGUUUGGUAAAUGGAACAAAUGCGACAAAAUAUUCAGGACGGGUAGAAAUAGAAUAUGAUGGAAAGUGGGGGCCGAUUUGUGACAGGUCGUUUGAUGCACAUAAUGCAAAGGUCAUCUGCAGAAUGCUAGGUUUGAACACCGAGAGCGCUAUCUAUCACGGCAAUGCGUUUUACGGAACUGGAAAUACAGGGGCUAUUAUUUCUAAUCUCAACUGCCAGGGUCAUGAACAAGAUAUAUCUGAAUGUGGCGCAGACACAUGGUCUGCAAUCCACGGAUACUGCUCGGCAGUUAACAAUGUUGCUGUACAGUGUAAUACACCAGUUCGAGUAAACAAUGCAUGGACGUUGUAUUUGGGUGUGGUUGAAGUUUAUAUCAGAGGUUCAUGGAGAAGAGUGUGUUUUGAUAAUUUCACAGAAGACGAUGCAGAAACGAUCUGCAACAUUGCUGGUCUACGACAUAACUAUACUGGGAGCGCCACAUUCUAUGAUGCCUCUCGAUUUGGUUUCUCGCACUCAUAUACAUCAUUAGGAGGGUUCACCUGCACUGGUGAUGAAGAUGACUUGUUUUUGUGUGGUAAUGGUGAUUGGGUCGAAGAGAAUUUUGAUUGCCCUAGUGGCAUAAACGUGGCCGUAAACUGUAGAGCUGAUACCCCAAUAUCAUUAAAGCGAGACGAGCAUGCCAAGCAUGAUCUUAUUAAAGGAGACCAUGGGUUAGUAGAAAUACAGUACCGACAAUACCAAGAUGGAAAGUAUCAGCCUCAUUGGGGGACGAUAUGCGACGAUAAUUUUGGUGACAACGAUGCGCUUGUAUUGUGCAGCAUGAUGGGGUAUGAUUAUGGAACAUUAGAUCGAAAUCCCGACAUCAUGGAAGAUUACAAACCAGGUGAUAUCCUAAUCGAUGAACUAGAAUGCAUUGGUUCUGAAAACGAUGUAUCCGAAUGUCAAGCAAGGGAAUGGUCUACACACGACUGUAACCAUGAUGAGGAUGUGUACAUCAAAUGUGUUAACUCAAGCUACAUAGACCCGUGCUCAAAGGACGUCUACAAACGAUUGCCAAGCCUUGAGAUGAGAGUACUGAACUUCAAAGCAACUGCAAAACCAAUUGAUGACAGUAAAUUGUCUCCCGGCUGGUAUUCCGUUGGUAAUAAUACCCUGCUGAAUGAAGAGCCACCGUUCAAUCGAUGUGGAACCCAUUUCCCCAUCUUUACACAAGGUAUGAGAUCUUAUUCCAUUGGACUGGAUUAAUAAAUGGAAUUAGAAUUGAUGUUUAAAGCUAUAGUCAAUGGAUUUCCGAAUGCAGAUUUCGGUGUCAAAGUACAGCAAUGCGCGUUUGGGUUCGUAUACAAACUAGAGCCAACGCCAGUUCCACAAAGUGCCUAUUGCUUCGGUAUUGGAUCUGAAGUUCCACCGCCUGCAUUUGUUGCCAGUACAGUUGGGACGAUUCUGCAGUAUGCAGAAAGGGAAUUGUGGUUUCAGUGCAAAUUUGAUCCCGACGAGGAGAAUGACCUCUUCUACCAAGUGCAAUGGACGAUGAUUGAAAGCUCAGAAAAACAUUUGACAAAACAGUACUGUUCAAAAGAAGAUUUAAGCCCAUGCUUUCUCACGCAUAUCGAUUUGAUGGAAUCGAACGUCGGAAUGGGAGCUAAUAUUUCUUGUGCUAUAAGAGCAUUCAACGAGCCUGGAGGACAGCCAGGCCAGCUUUCACAGUUUUCCCGCCCAUACUUUGUCGGAAUUACAGUGUUGACUUCCUCGUUAACGUUGCGUCGAGGAGAGACGAAGGCCAUUGAAUUUGAACUUUCAAUACCGGUUGUGUGUGACCUUCCGCCGGGUUUACCAUGUAAACUCACACUCGACUAUUUCACUCCGGACUAUGGUACCUGUCCAGAUGCUGAAGCUAGUUUUCCGGACGGCUGCCGAUUGACGGUGAACAGCAAUGUGACAAAUUCAAGACAUCAUGUAAAUGUCAGUGCAGCAGAGACAGGAAAUUACGGUGUUGCUGGAAAGUUCACACUUCAUUUGCAGGCUCUUCGAGCGAAAGGAUUAAUAUUUCUCUGGAAAACUUACAAGUUACCUUCAAUCAAGGUUGAUGUUCUACCUGAGACUGAUCGAAACUGGCGUGGAAAGAUCUGUUCUGCUAGAAACGAUCCUCAUAUGUACACGUUUGAUGGGAGGGCAUAUGAACAUCAUGCCGACGAAGGUGACUAUACACUUUACUCGCACAUGAUCUUCAAGGAAGCAGAGAUUCAACACAAAAUAGCCUACUGCACCAGUUCAAACAAUCCUGCCAAGUGCAACUGCGGUCUUGCGGUAAGAGCGGGCCGUGACGUAUACGUGAUCAACGUUUGCAAUGGAUACAUUGAUAUUGGCUACAAACAAUGCUGGGACAAAGCACUUACAGUGAAAAAGGAAAACGAUUUCACAUACACGAUUUUUAUGCCAUACGGUACAGCUGUUCGAGCCAGAAUCGACAACGCUCCUUUUAUGGGCGAAGAGGGAGGAAGGGUUUUGGAUAUUUCAGUCCUCCCCUCACUGCAAGACAGGCAAGGAAAUAGUACAGGACUGUGUGGUUCCCUUAAUGACAACAGUGUUGAUGACUUUGACAAUGAAACGGAAUUCAUAAAUAAGUGGAAAGUCCCUCAAGAUCGGUCUUUGUUUACAACCGAUGUAUAUCAUAGAGAACUGCCACCUUGGGAAUUUCCACUUUGCGUUUGUAAGAAAAAUGGUGGUGCAAAUGCUUACUCUUGUGAAAAGAGCACGAGUGGAUGUUCAAACGGUAGAACGACUGGGUACCAUAGCUGUGGUGAAAUAAUGAAUCAGCGAUCAGUUCGAUCUCUUCAUAGACGUCCUAGGAUUCCUAUUGUGAAGAUACCUAUCCAUAGUCGAGGAAAGCGAGCAACUGCUCAAACGUACUCAUACAACCAGGCAAGGAAUGCAUGCCAGGGAAAUUUUAGGAACUCUAGUACUUUCGGACGAUGUGAAAAUCUCCCAUCAACACAUACAAAUAUUUCAAUGCAUAACUGUAUUAAAGAUGUUUUGAUAAUGAACAACACUGAAUGGGCUUCCAUUGCAAGACAAUCCAUGCAAGAAACCUGUAAAACGGCUGUAAGCAGGAACGAAAGUGUGGUGGAAGAAAUAAUAAAGACAAAGGAGGACGAACUACAGAAUGAAACAAACAGUGUCAACAAUGCCCAUUUACAAGCAGAAUUGAAUGCAUUAAAAGAAGUACAACAACAUGUCGAGACCGUUAAGCUGCAGUGUUUAAACGAUUGUUCCGGCAACGGAAACUGUCACAUUGGUGCAUGCCAAUGUAACGAUGGUUUCGGAGGUAGCGACUGCUCUCUGGAUCUUAAUAUAGCCCCGCUGUUAAAAGGGUUACUUGAUGAAGGCCUUUGCGACGAAGAUACACACGACUGUACCAACAUAUUUGUUUUUGGCGGACUUUUUUCUGGAAACAAUAUUACAUGCAAGAUGGAUAGAUUCAUUGUCGACAUAAAUGGAACAGAUCAUGACGAUGAUUCGACGAUCGUUCCAGGGCAAACAGAAAGUAUCAUUGAAACAGUUUGUCCUGUCGGGAUCAAUAGAAGAGCUAGAUCAGCUGACAAAAGACCUAAUAAGUUUAUUCAAGGACUGAGAGUUUCCGUUAGUAAUAACGGCGAAACUUUUAGCAAUGACUCUAAGAUGUUUUACAUCUAUAACUCCAAGUGCCAAGCUUAUAAUAGAGAAAAUGGGACGGAGGUUGAAUUUACGUUUGAGUUGAAGCAAGGGUACUGUUACAUCGCGGGUCAAUGCUACUAUAACGGAACGAUGCAUUCGAGCCUACAGCUAAGAUGUGACCCCACUCUCAGUACAACAGACUGGACCAUUUCCACUGUUUCUCCUCCAACAAUCGCCCACCUUGAGGCUCGGUUUCGACAGAAAAUUGGUAUUGGUCUCGAAAAGGUAGUAAUUGUUUCGCUGAGUGAAGGGAGUCUAAUCAUGGAGUUUGUCCUGGUGACAUCAAAAGACGAUUUCGUAGAAAAGGCUUUAUCUUUUGCUUUAGUCGAACUGAGCCAAACCGCAAGUUUUGAGAUUUUUGGUUCAACGGCAAACGUUUUGAGAGUUGGUGUUGGAGACCAAGAUGGAACAUCUUUGAUUGUUUUGAUUGUGUCAACUUCCGCCGGCGUUCUGCUGAUAUUUGUGAUUUUGGUGUUGGUGGUCGUGGUAUGCAAACGGCAGAAUAAGAAAAGACACACCCAACCUGUCGGAAGUUUAGAGCCAAAACACAAGGACAAUGUCUACAGAGACAUGCAUGACAUUGCGCUGCAAAAACUGAGGCAAGAACGUGAAACCUGUAAAAUCCCGCGACCGAAGUUGUCUGGUUCCCAGCUUGCUUUUGAGAAAGGCAUUAAAGAUAGCACGCAUACUUACGAGGGGACCGUGUACAAUAGAUCGAGACAUGCAGCCGACGGUGAUAGGUACGAGUACCUCCCUGUGGACAAUCGUGGAUCUUACUACAACGAAGGAUUUCGUAACUAAGACAAGACAUGGAUUUUGAAAUACCCGUUUUGUUUAUGGACCUUAGUUCUAGAUACUAUAUAUUUGAACUGCUUUGCUAAC